AUGCGCUACAGACGCGCUUUAGCUGCAGUACAAUGCGGUCCUGCCGAAGAUGUCCUCGCUGAGCGCGACGCCACCCUUGCGACUGCACUCGCCGACAAGGCGCUUGCGGAGAAGGACCGAGAAUUCUUUCGCGAACAGUACAUGCAAGCCUCUGGCUUCGUCUCUUCCGUACGCAUCGAGAACAUCGAGCUCGAGAAGAAAGCCGCCACAGCGGACGCACGCGCCGCCGUAUCCGACCAACGCGCCAAAGACGGUGUCGCUGGCAUCCGUGCCCUGUACGAGUCGCGAAUCAAGACUCUUCAAGACGAGCUCGAACGCGAGCGCGCGUUGAUGCGCAUCCUACAGGAGCGCGACGCGCGUACGGGCGGAGACAAGAUCCGCCGGCAGGCUGCCGAGGCGGCGGAGAUCCAGGAGGAGCUCGCCAAUCUGCGGGAGGACUAUGAGGAGGCGGUGCGCGGGUACGAGCAGAUACGGGGGGUGUACGACCGCGUGUACGAGGAGCGGAUGUACCUCGAGAAGCGGGCGAAGAAGCUUAAGAAGCAGAAGCAGAAUCUGGUAAUGCAGCUUGCUGAGCUUGGUCUGCAACCUCUGGAUGCGGAGGUGACCCAAGAUGGGACGACCGAUGAUGGGCAAGGGGUGGUCGACGGCGAGGAGAGGGAGAGCAUUGUCAUCGAGAGGAUGGUUGUUCAGGAACGGGAAGUAUCAGACGAGGAAGUAUCUGAUGACGAAGACAGAGAUGAGGAUGACCUUGCAGAUGGCCCUUAUCCGCCAGACGCCGAUGAAUCGAGUUUCGACUAUGCUCAGGCGGUGCUGGAGGACGUGGAGGACUUGGACGAGUUGUUCUAUCAGUGUCUGUGGAGGCCGGGCAACGGCGAGCACUGUCCGAGGGCAUUUGACUCGAUCGAGGACUUGGAGAGACAUGUACGGAGCGAGCACGUCGCCGCAACCCCAUAACAGUCCUUUUCUAUUCUCAAACUUACACUACUUCUCUUCUUCUUUAUCUUCUCUGCCUAUACUCACUUCACCGCGUCCUUCUAUGCUAUAAGAC